CCGGCUCCCGGCGGCCCUUGCGCGGGGCGGCGGCGGCGGCGGCAUGUCGGUGGCGUUCGUGCCCGAGCGGCUGCGCGGGAAGGCGGAGGUGAAUCAGGAGACGCUGCAGCGGCUGCUGGAGGAGAACGACCAGCUGAUCCGGUGCAUCGUGGAGUACCAGAGCAAGGGCCGGGCCACCGACUGCGUGCAGUACGAACACAUCCUGCAUAGAAACCUCAUCUAUUUAGCUACAAUCGCUGAUGCAACUCCACCCAGUGCACAGAAGACUGUAGACUGACUGCACCUACCUGGACAGUGAUGCUUUGAGACUCUGUAGAAAGUCUUAGUUUAGGCUCCUACUCUGAAAAGGCGUGGUCUUGAAAGGCAGGUAAACAGUCAUCCCUGCUUUUGCAUUAAAAUGUAGUUUUGCAUUAGAAUGUUGUUUCAGUGUAAUACUAGGUUAGCUUUUUUUCCCCUUAACACUCUAAAGUAGUACUUUUGAGGAGAUGCUUGUGAAUAAUGCUUUACUUUCCCCACCCUCCAGCCCAAAACAUCCUCUAGCAUACUUCUGAAGUAGCCCGGAUGCCAGGACUUGCAGUCUCAGUGAAGCAGAGACGCUCGUGACUGAGGCUGUGUAGUAAUAGAGUAAGCAUUCAGCUAUGUAACUUCCCUCUACCUCCAAGAUGACAAAGUCAGGGCUAGCUUGUCAUGAAUGUAUUGCCACAAGCAGUAGACUAUUCUGCAUCUUGUAUCAUAGAAACUGUUUAAUAAAUAUAUUCUCUGUAAA